AGGCCUGCGAUCAGAUAUCUGAUAGCGCAACACCUACACCUACACAUAACGUAUCUAACGUAUAGGAGAAGACUUCCCUGAGAGAUUUAAGCUAUACUGACUAUAUAUACAAGAAGCAAUAAGUACGUAACGGGGACCUCCUGAUUCUCACUCCAUAAAUUUGGAGACGUUUUGGCCGUAUCCUCCUCUCCUUUAUCGCUGGUUGACCUUCGCCGAUACCAGAACGAAAGACCAGUACGAGAGACUCGGGAACGAAACACCAAAAUGGACGCGAUGAACGCAAUGAAAAUGGACAUGAGCGGAAUGAGUGGAAUGAGUGGAAUGGAUAUGGGGAAUUCGACCACAGAGUCUUGUAAGAUCAGUAUGCUAUGGAACUGGUACGUGAAGAAUUCCUGUAUUUUUGCCAAGUCAUGGCACAUCCACACCUCUGGUCAAUUUGCUGGAAGUAUUAUUGGCAUCAUGGCCUUUACAAUGGCUAUUUUUGCCGUUAGACGUGGACAAAGAGAGUUUGAUCGCUUGAUUUCAAAGCGUCGUCAAAAUAAUCUGCAUGGUUUCUUCACUUUGGGACUUCCUAGUGACACUCUGCACGUUACAUUUACCGAACACUUUGUCCGUGCAAUUCUCUAUACGGCAGUCUAUGGUUCAGCAACGUUGCUGAUGUUGAUGCUUAUGAGUUACAAUGGCUACGUUCUUCUCUUCUCCUUCCUUGCUGCUUGGAUCGCUUAUGUUGUCAUCGAUACCGAUAGUUUGGGUCAUCCCAGUGGUGGCCUUGGCUGUUGCAUGGACAUAAAUAAAUAAGCACUCGGCUUUGGUUCUUCCUUGUUCAGCAUAUCCUUGCAUUAUUUUUUUUUUCCCGUUUCUCUAAUGAAUGCUGCCGGUAUGGAACGUGCCGUUAAGAUGUACACUGGACCUGUAAACUUUAUCUCUAUUUGUUGUAUUUUUUUUUUAACUAUAUAUAUACUCUAUGCUUUACUUACUACGUGUGGUUGUGUCAAAUGAAUAAAGCGAGUCGAGUACAGCAGUGUGUGUGUGUGUGUGUGUACAGGUUAGGCGACUUUUAAGAGGCUGGCUGCGUCGUUAACGGAUUCA